UGUACUACAGUACACAAUUAUUAUUUUGGAAUUGGCUGAGAUAUUCGUUGGGCAAUUGGGUUUGUGCCAAGUAAUUUAGUUGUGAUCACUACUAACACCAGUGUUUGUACUAAGUUUUUGAAUCAUUCAUGAGAAAAUGAGGAGAAAGGGAGCUGGGAUUGGUGCUGUCAGCAAAGAUCGUCUUCAAAAGGCUAAAUUUGAAAAGAAAGGAACUGAAAUAGCAGAUGCCCAAGUCUCACAGCUGACAACACAUUUAGAACAAUUCAAAACUCACCUGGAGAGGUUUGCCAGCAAGCACAAGAAUGAAAUCCGCAAAGAUCCGGAGUUCAGAAACCGCUUCCAGCAGAUGUGCGCACGAAGUGGAGUAGAUCCGCUGGCAUCAAGCAAGGGUUUCUGGGCAGAAAUGCUUGGUGUUGGAGACUUCUACUAUGAACUCGGUGUUCAGAUUGUCGAGGUGUGUAUGGCAACAAGAGAUAGAAAUGGCGGUCUGAUCAGCCUAGAGGAGCUCUGGCAACGACUCAAGCGUUCUAGGCGGACCAAGCACAGUCAAGAAGUCAGCAUGGAAGAUGUGUCCCGGGCGAUAAAGAAGCUGCAUGUCUUGGGCGGUGGAUUUGCCAUCAUACCGGUUGGAGGUCGUAAGCUGGUCCAGUCCGUGCCUGGUGAACUAAACAUGGACCAUACUCGGGUGCUGCAGCUAGCUGAGGACACUGGCCAUACAUAUCUCAGCCAAGUCACCUCGCAGUUGAAGUGGGAGGAGGCGCGUGCGGCCAGCAUUUUGGAUCAUCUGGUGCGUGAAGGCAUGGCAUGGGUAGAUGACCAAGCAGGCGACGAGAGGCACUACUGGUUCCCCAGCCUGUUACCCGACCUGGCGAUGGCUUCGUUGCAGAGCUUAAGGUAGCGCCUUUGCCCAUCCACCCAUGUUAUUUCCCUCGUGCCACAGUCAGCAGCUAGCUGCACCUGCCUAUGAGAGUGUGCAUUGCAGCAUGGCUCCGCUCUCUUCUGCCAGAACUGGAAGCACUCCAGCGACAGUAGCAACCGCGACUGCUUGUACAUUGUUCUGUACAUAGUUGACCUAGAUUAUUUGACCUCCACAGGCACGACUGGAGGCUUUCAGUUUUCAUUCAAGACAAUAACGCCCCUUGCUCUGGGCAAAUUACAGCCCUCAUGAAAACACUCAAUACUUCAAGUACAGACUACAUGAAAAAAACCCAGCCUGCUUAGAAGUAGAUGUACCGGUAGGUCUUCACAAAAGGUUUCUUUCAUCAUCUCCAACUAACUCUUACUUGUGGGGUUUUGAAACGCAGUGCCACUACGAUUAUUUUGUAUUUUACUUUUACUCCAAAACCACACUCAUAAUAAUUCAUCUGAUUAAUAGCAUAUGACUAGUGCCAUUUUAAGGUUCCUUCCUUUUAAAAGUUCAAGAAUGCCAAGGUGUUUUCCUCGCACAGUGCACGGUCUAGUGAACACUUGUACCAAGA